AUGGCCUUUGCGGUGAUGAUGGAGGCGCCUUCUACUGUUGCUGCUGCUGCUGCUGAUGAUGAUGAUGAUGAUGAUGAUGACGACGACGAUGAUGAUGAUGAUGAUGGUGGUGGUGGUGGUGGUGGUGAUGAUGAUGGUGGUGGUGAUGAUGAUGAUGAUGAUGAUGGUGGUGGUGAUGAUGAUGAUGAUGAUGAUGAUGAUGAUGAUGAUGAUGAUGAUGAUGAUGAUGAUGAUGAUGAUGAUGAUGAUGAUGAUGAUGAUGAUGAUGAUGAUGAUGAGUGCCCGUUCCGAUCAGGGAGGCCUGACAUUCCUUCUCUUGUCGAAAACCAAGUAUAAAGCAGCCACUGGACUGAUUGUUUUAAGAAUACCGUGACCAGGUCCGGUCAUCCCUGCCUCCUGUAAUAAUCCGGAGACCAGGGCGAGAGAGUCCUUCAGUUGGUUCUUGUAGGACGUUUUUCUGUUGCGUUGAUGGACAAAAAAUGCCAUUGUGUAGACUUUAGGCAGUCAUUAACGUUGUACUGGUGGGCACUGCGCAUCGUCAGACUCUGCUGACCGUGGCCGAAGAAUGUUGGCACCCCCCAGCAUCCAAUACCAGGUUUCUGUUCCCAGCUGAGUAGUCCAAAUCGUACAUUGUUCGCCUUCACCAGUGGACCGGAGUGGCAGAAUGUGUCAGUUCAUGCGGAUGCUGCAGCAGGGGUCGUAACACACGAUUCAUACUUAUCUCAUGAGGCUUUUCGGGGAUUUUUGAGUUCAGAUGAGACCCCAACAGGGUACUAGGAUUGUUCGUUCGAGACUGUCUCUCCUAACGCCUUGUCUCAAGAACUUAACCAAAAGGCAGCAGGUAGAAGCGAGUUUCUACAAUGGCGGUUUACGGUCGCCGGGUCACAGUACAGUCAUUUGGCUUUACGCGCCCUGUUAACACCGUCGCGGCUGGCCAAAAAUCAUUUUGUAAAACUCGGGAGCCUGAUUAGUUUCGAAGUUAAUCUCCUGCUGGGGGUGGGGGAGGAGCGUUCCUGUACUCGUGAACACACUGGGUAGUCGGAAGACGGGCUAAUUUGUGAACCCCGCUUUAUGCCCAAAUCUUCGCAAGCAGAAGUCUGUUCUAAUCCGGGCUUCCGUAAUGAAAAAUUACUAAAACAUAUGCUUCAUAGAUAUUUUUGCAGAUUUUGAAUAACUCAUGUUGACCCAACUGUGGAAAACUCGGCGUCUCGGUGGGAUUCGAACCCACACAGUAAGGGGAAGGCUUUCGUACAGCCAACGCCCUAACCACUUGAGCUACGAGGCCCCGACGGAAAAAUAUCUAUGAAUUACGUGAGCCUAGUAGUCAUCUGGUGGAUUCUAGGUGAACUACUUAGGAAAUCCUGCUUGGGCAGUCAACUUACUGUAUCAGAUUUGGUGGAUUCCAGACGUUGCAGAAGGUUGGGCGGGUAACUUGACCCAAAUGUGAUUAAACUCGCGGCGUCCGGCGGGGCCUCGUAUCUCACGUGGGUAGAGCGUUGGUUAUACUAAAGCCUUCCUUUUACUGCGUGGGUUCGAAUCCCACCGAGGCGCCGUGUUUUUCGCAGUUGGGUCAAUAUGAAAACAUAUACCCCUGAUCUGCCAGCACAAAUCACUUGAUGGUUUUGAAUAAUGACCCUUCUUGAAGUUGUCGCCGAAAGUGUUGUCGGGACUCCGUCGGGUACUUUCACACCUAGUCUGUUAUUGCCUUGAUAAUCCGACAGUAUGACCCCAACAUGGUGAUGAUUUCCCCUGGAUAUUUGUACAGUGAACUGAGAGGUCAGACAUGUAGCCUCUGCUCUAAAUCAGAUCACGAUCUCAUGCAAAUUUAGUGUGCGUGACCUGUCAGGGCUUUAUCGUUGUCAUAAUCAGGCUUGUCUGUUUGAGCCUAAGUGGGGGUGGCCUUCUGUCUUGGAGCAGCCGUUUGUCCCCAUUCAGUAUUAUAUGUUUUUUCCCCAGGGUCACUCCGUCUAAAGUGGAUAUAUAAAAACCGUGCCUUUGGGUGCUCCCUUGUCUGGCGUUCAGUCAGCGAAGACUGGCCUCUCCAGGGUAGACUCGGCGUCCAGCCUACAUAACGACUGGAAUCUGUAAAUGGUCCUGCUCAGUGUUGGCCUUUUAGAUGAACAUGUCUCGACUUGUCUGACUGUUCUGGGGGAUGGGUCAAAUGCGCUCAUGUUCUACAGAGGGCGAGAAAUGGGUUCGGAUAGCCAGCACGGAGGUUUUAGUUGACUGAACUUUCGGGCUCCCGCGGCAGCCUGCUGGAGAUGAAGGAGGAGUAAGAUGUGGUUAUGUACCCCCCCCCCCUCCCGAUGGACACAAUUCUGUUGGGGUUGGGUUAGGGGCUAAGGUUAGGGGUCAGGGGUCAUUUAGUGCGUCUACCGCGUGCCCUUUUUAGAGGCAAAUCAGCUUAAUGUAAAGCGUUUAGGACAACGGUUCUUAACUUCUUAUCCGACAGCGGUCUUGAAAAUCAAGUUCUUCGUCCUCCUUAGGAGUUUUUUCACUCACAAACUAAAGGAAUUCCUCAAAGACCCCUGGAUGAUGAAGUUAGUGAUACUGUUUGCCAUCUAACCGGGCAAAGUACGAGAAAGGUGCCUUAAAUACUAGUUAUUAUGCCGCCUACAUAACUGACUGUUUUUAGGAUGAAAAACGUACGGUCGAAUCGGAAGCAAUAAAAGCAGCACCCGUCCCCAUUUACUCCACUGCCGACAGCCUGACCCUAAUAAAUCUGGCGAUCUGGAACGUUUAAAAAUAUUAAUUAUUAUGCCGCCUACAUAGUUGACUGUGAUUGUAGGAUGUAAGACGCACGAUCGAAUCAGAAUAAAUCAAAGCAGCACCCGUCAACUUUUACUCCACUGUCGACAGCCUGACCCUAGUCACUCUGGCGAUCUGGAACGUUUAUGCUACUUUCGAUAACUUUAUAACAAGCAGAACAGGAAGGAGGAGAACUCUGCUCGACCAGGAAUCAGCUUGAUACAACGUAGGUGUCGUUCAUAUCUGCGCUAUUUCAUUCACAGAAAGUGCACAGCCAAACUAGCUUGAACAAGGACACUCUAUCUUUUGGAGUGGCUGUUCUGUGUAGAUAGCCGAGACUCUAGUGGUGUCUUCGCCAGUAAGAUGUGGUUAUGUAGCCCCACCUGAUGGACACAGUUCUGUUGGGGUUGGGGCGAGGGAUUAGGGUAAGUGGGUUAUGGGUAGGGGUUAGGGGUCAGGGUUAGGAGUUUUGGCAACUAUUUCUAAACCACUCAAACUAGAAUCGCGCAUUCCCAAUAGCUUUUCUUUUGCAUACUACUACUUAACCUCGUCACAUGUGCGUUCCCCGGCCUCACCCGUAAAAAGCCCUAUUACCACUGGUUCCGUAUUACAGGUGGCUGGGGUUUAUUUACUUCAGGUGGGGCUACAUAACCACAUCUGACCGAAGGAGGUAACAACAAAUAGGCCGUAUUUACAGGCUCUUUCAACCAAUCAGCGGUCGGCGUGUGUCAUCUCAAAGGCACUCUAUGUGACUUGGCAUGCGGACGAGAACCAGAUGCAGGGGUUUUACAGAAUUCUCGUUGCGGCUGCUGGCCCUUCUUGCUUACGAAUGUUCUGAUGGAUGUUUGGGCGAGUUGAGAUGAUUUAAGUCUGCUUCUCGGUUCCCGAAUUCCCCGAGACGUGAAUUUUUGCCUUUAUAUCUUUCUGUCCGUCAAGGGUUUUUCCAGAAACCAUACCCACACUAGUUGGAAUGGUGUAGGACGUGAAUAAAGGGAGUUAACGAGGGAAGUGCCGCUGUGACAUGACAGUCGGCUAUUAAGAUCAACUGGUCGAAAGGGGUGGUUUUAGCGGUCAAUCAUUUCAAAAGGCCGGCAUUCUUCGUUCUUAGGAGUACAUAAUUUCCGAAUGGAUAACAUACGGUUCCGACUUUUCCUUUCCCACCUGAUAUCGACGAAGACUGCGGACGCCGAAGUCAAUGAUUUUGGCUUGUUUACCCAACUUAUCAGCCAGUCAGACCUCGGUCCCAGGUCGGGAAGAUGUGCGUUUCGGAUCCAGAUAUACUGACCGCCAAAUAUUUGAAUGCCAGUGAAUCGCAAAUUCUUGUCCUGCCAGCUGCAAUUGGGAUAGUCUAAGUUACAUGACAGUGGUCCCUGGAAAUCCAUCCAGACUUCAGGAUAAAGUCUGGACAAGCCCGCUUUGCCUGGAAUCCCCGCCUGGAGCCUUCAGAGACGGCUGCGCACUUUGCUGAACUUUUAAAAGGUGUUUCGCAGAAACGACCCACGAGGACGAGUGUAUUCCAUUUUAGGAUAAAAUUACCGACAUAUUGAACUGAUGGGGGUCCGAGAAUCUACACUUCAGGAACGGAAGCUUCCAUCCUUCGGCCCAGUUAAAAAUUUUAAAGGCAAAACGAUGUAAUGUGCUGUUUCAGUCAAAGAAAAAUUUGAAGAAUGACCCGUGAGUUAUCAUUACAUGUUCUAGUCAUCGUCCUAUUUGCAUUGGAUUGAUGAAAGCCCCAGCGAAUGCUGCGCGAAAACAAAUUAAUACGUUAUUGUUUGCAAUAUCUUCAGGGGAAAACAGUGAUUGAAAAGAAGGAGAUGCGUCGCUGAAAUAAACAUUUUCGUCGCCUGGCGUUUCGGAUUUUCACAAGAGGCAGUCACAGAUAACGGUAACGAACGCACAGGGGAUGCAGUUGUCAUGCCAUCGCAAUUAGCGAUUCCCGCAUUCAUUGCCGAUGGUCUUACUCGCUGUGAUGAUUACUUACUCGUCCACAUCCCAGUUCCUUUCUCAAGUCUGCAAUGAUGCGUUCGAAUGGGAAUCCGAAACGUCGGGAGGUGUAAAAGUAGAAUGGUAUUACCAACAAAGACAAGGGAGACUGGAAUGGCCAUUUCUGGCUUAUUAGCCGUCGUCAGCCAGUCAUACCCAACCCCGAAGUGUGGCAAACCCGAGGCUGACGACGGCUAAUAAGCCAGAAAUGGCCAUUCCAGUCUCCCUUGUCUUUGUCGGUAGUAUCAUUAUGCCUAUAUCAUGCGCCGCUGUGCGGCUGCUGGUUGCGCUCGAGAGAGGGUCCAUAAGGCACAACGGAACGAGUGAGUUCCGUAAGAACGAUCGGUGAACGCCCCCUACCAGGUGUAAAAGUCCUGUUUCAGCCUUCACAUCGCCUUCUCCUCAGCGGUUGCCUAGAAUAGUGACUGUUUUGCGUGAAAGAGCAGGAAACUAACUCUAGAACCUGAGCUCCAUAAUCUCACAUUCGAAGUCAUUCUAGAGCCCAUAAUCAGUGGGGGAGAUACGGUCGCAGACCACACUCCAAUCACCGAUCAGCAAGCUGCCAUCGCGGAUGUUCGCAGUUAGCGCGAUAGUGGCUUGGCCGACCACCCCCUCCUCCGGGGCCGCCUGCGCCUGGGUCAUGACAGUACGCAAGCAGGCUGUGCGCAGGUAAGAAGAAGGCCCAUAAAGGCGGUUGCCAGGCCGUGUGCUCACCCAUUACCAAUAGUGAAGAUGCAGGCGCGGCGACCAGCCAUUCAGGCGUCAAGACUAUCCGGCCUGGACGAUGGGAGGUUAUCGUUGCUGCCAGAACUACCUGCCAAUCAGCGAGCAUGAGCGGCAGUGCAGCACGACUUGGUACAUACUGACAUUCCUCGGCCUCCCCGUUCCGAUCUUUCUGGCGCAGUGCUUGAGUAUAGGGGCAAAAAUGAAGGCGAGAAAGGCCGAUGACGCAUCGAUCGAGUCUCUGUCUCCUCCACAAAAAAUAACAUUUGACUACUUACAACUUGGAUUCCAUAGAUAGAAUGACAUUAUCUACAAAGUCCAGAGAGACUGGAAUGGCUGUAUGCCUGGGGGGCCGGCAAUGGCUGGCUAGUGACGACUAAGAAGCCAGAAACGGCCACCCCAGUCUCUCUUGUCUUUCAAAGAUGUUUUGGUAGAUUUUAAAUAAUUCAUAUUGACCCAACUGUGAAAAACUCGGCGCCUCGUUGGGAUUCGAACCCACGCCGUAAGGGGAAGAGUUUAGUACAGCCAACGCUCUAACCACUUGAGCAACGAGACCCCACCGGACGACGCGAAAUUAAUCACAGUUGGGUCAAUAUGAAUUAUUCAAAAGCUGCCAAAACAUCUAUGAAUUACGUGAGCCUGGUAGUCAUCUGGUGGAUUCUAGGUGAAUUACUUAGGAAAUCCUGCUUGGACAGUCAACUUACUGUAUCAGAUUUGGUGGAUUCCAGACGUUGCAGUAGGUUGGGCGGGUAACUUGAUCCAAAUGUGAUUAAAUUCGCGUCGUCCGGCGGGGCCUCGUAGCUCAAGUGGUUAGAGCGUUGACUGUACUAAAGCCUUCCCCUUACUGCGUGGGAUCGAAUCCCACCGAGGCGCCGAGUUUUUCACAGUUCGGUCAAUAGGAAUUAUUCAAAAUAUACCAAAAGAUCUUUGAGAGACAAGAGUGACUGAAAUGGCCGUUUCUGGCCUCUUAGUCGUCACUAGCCAGCCAUGGCCGACCCCCCAGGCAUAAAGCCCCUCGGCUCGAACUCGCACCCUAUUGGUUAGAAGUCCCACGCCCUAACCAUCGAGCCACGGGCUCGAUGCCCUGUCGGUUGCGAUCGGGUACAUUAACAAUGGUAGAGGGACGCGUACGAAUAACGUUACGGAACCCACUCGCCUCGUUGUAGCUUGGGUUUUGACGUUUUCCAUCAUAGAUGUAGGCGUCACCCUUUGUGUCGCGCAGUUGUCUUUUGAAGGCUCGAAAGAUGGCAGCAUUUAGGAAAUGUUCGUAGAACUCUUCAGCAGCAGGUAGAACAAUAAAAAGACACAUUAGGCAAUGUCUACAAGGAGAAAGCACUGGGCGUUUAAUUUUGGAACAACCGACCUACACUUUGCCGAUGCAGAAACGAAAAAGUCGAAUGCACUGCUUUUCUUAGUUUUUUUCUUGAUAUGGGGAGUAAAAGUGCUACCAAUAUAUCCUUUGAUGCAAUUUUGGCCCUCCGUGAGGCAUAUAACGCCGUAGAUUGUUGCAGUUUAGUCCGAUUAUGGGUUGUCUUGUCGCAGUUUUUAUGUACGUCGUCUGUUAACGAUAAUCCCAGAAUCGCUUCGUCGAAUAGGCAAAAAAAUUAGAACUGGAAAGUCCAGAUGCUCCUUUGCUGGCUUACCACUGGAUGGCAUUUCUGUUCAUUUGACCGGUUUAAUUGGAAUGAUUCAAUAAUUUUGAUGAACAAGGAAGUUUGAGGAAAACCUUGAAUGUUGUAAAAUUCCGCGGGGCCUAGGUAAUCCGCUCACUCAAAGACCGGUGUGGUUAUCUCAGAUUUUCAUGUUGUGACGCGAUGACCUUGGCCUGAGACCUUGUGACUGAAACUUAAGCCUAGCAAAAAUUUGUUCCCUCUAACUAGGCGCAAUUCUUUAUUUAACACGUAGGGCUUACAUUUUGAAACAGUCUCUGAGGCCCUUUUAGUCCAUCAGAUCGAUUUCAUGGGCUUUGCAUUCCGGGAUUUGUAAGGAUUUCAACUUCCUCGUAAGGUUAUCAUUCUUUCGGCAAACCGAAAAUACAGGGCACAACUGACAAAUGUUGUCAGGAAAAGUCAUCGUUGAAACAGCGGCAAUCUUCCAACUUAGAGUAAAUGCAGUUGAAAGAUCUCCUCUGGUCGGCAGCGUAGACGGCCUUCUUUUUGAUCAUGCGUCUUAUCCCAACAAAUAUACUUGAUGCUUACGCAAGUAAUUACCCACGCCGAGGUCCACUUUUCCCCAAUUCCGCCAUCAAAAGAACGCUAGCUGACAUUCUCCAGUGUGCCGUUGGGGCUGAACCAAUCUGUCCGCAUCGAUAAAGAGUUUAGCGAAUUUAGUAGAUGCCCUGUCGUUCUGUUUGGAAAGGUUUAAGUUGGAAUUUGCGUUUGUUUUUUUGCUGGUCUCCUUCUGAAGUCCAAAACAGGAAAAUUCACCCUCUUAUGGUAGCUUCAUCCCAUUUGAGGCCAGGAUGUUGAAUGGGUCAAACUAGCGGGACGUCUUUUCGGUCGGAUGUGGUUAUGUAGCCCCAUCAGAAGUAAACAAACCCCAGUCACCUGUAAUACGGGACCGGUGGUAAUAGGCUUUUUUACAGGUGGAGAUGGGGAACGCACAGAUGACGAGGUCAAGUAGCUGGAGGCAAAAGAAAAGCUAUUAGGAGUCUGUGGUUGCACUUUCAGUGGUUGAGAAAUAGUUGCGCUACCCCCCAACCCUAACCCUAACCCCUUACUGUAGCCCCUAAUCAUAAACCCUAACCCCUAACCCUAACCUUUAACCCUAACCCCUACCUCUAACCCCUAAACAUAACCCCUAAUCCUAACCCUUAACCCCAACCCCAACAGUAUUGUGUCCAUCAGGUGGGACCACCAAAUCACAUCUUACCGCCUUUUCACUUGACUGUCCUGCGCAUUCAUUGACACCUCAUCCCAUUCUGUUCGUUGUGAAUGCUUCAUAAAAUUCCUAUUGGUGCUUUUGUUCUAUGUUAUAAGUACUCAUUGCACAAGGCGAGUCGACUUCUCUUAAGCCUAAAAAUCUCAGGAUUUAUUUUGUGACUACGGUAUCAUGGCUUCGAAUUACAUAAAUCAGCCGCUCGGCUGGCCGUCUAUCUCUGGUAAUUACUUCUACUUGUACUUGGUACGGCUGCGAUCAUACCUGAUCUAGCCGGCCUCGAUGAUGUCCCGGACUGUACCUCCACACGCGUGACGAUCCGCGGCAGCAGGUCUGGACGGUCCAACCUAUUCUCUUCGUCAACGAUGGAGACCGAAUACCGAAGGUCCACUAACCACCUCCAUGUCUUGAUGAACUGUGUCGAGCCAGGUUUUUAGUUAACCCCUCUUCGACACCUCCAAAAGGGUACACAGAAACGAUGGAGAUGUUCGUUAAAUGACCUUUUAGUCGCACGCAAACCAUCCGGUCAUUGACUGGUUCCCAAGCAAGUAACGCGAGGUCCGCUUGUUACGAGAGGGCGAUAGCCACACCGUGUCUACCAGAAGAGUCGCGCGAGCCGCUGUGGCACGGAGUGAAGUGUGAGUCGGCUCCAGGGAUAUUUAUUUGUCGAGAGCCCGAGUCAGGAAGUCGAACUUCGGAAAGACAGCAGACAUCCACGUUGUACUGAUUAAGGCCGCGCGCGGUCAGACUUUGGGUACCAGGGUCCAGAAACGUUCUCACAUUCCAGCAUCCAAUACCAAGAGUCCGUCCUCGAUUGAGUAGUACAGCUCGCAUACUAUUCACCCGCACCACUGGAUCAGGCUUGCGGAGCGCGUCGGUUCCCGCGGACACCGUAGCAUGGGUCGUGAUACUGUAGUCGGACAUAUUUCAUGAGGUUUCUUUGGAAUUUCGAAUACAAGCGGGCCCCCAACAGCCACUUGGAUUGUUUGUUCGAGGUUGUCCUCUCUAGCGAUUUGGCUUAAAAGCCUAACCACAGGGCAGCGGUGACAAGCAAACUUAUUUAAUGGCGGCUCACGGUCGCCAUGUCACAAUGCCGUCGUCGGGCUUUGUGGUUUUCUUAUAAGGCUUUCAGUGUGUGCCCUCCGCGCUCUGGCAGCAGUGUCACUGCUGUUCCGCAACUGCUUGUUCAUCGGACCUGGUUCUGCUUAUUUCGCAGCUAACCUUCACUGAAGGUCGUCCCACUAUCCGCCACCUGUGGACGCGCCGGAUAGCCAGCAGUUAGGCUAAUGAAUAACCCGUCUUCCUCUAUCUUUGGUGUCGCUGUGACCAACCUCAGGUAAAACUGGGUCAUCAGAGGAGGUUAUCGCAGCACGCAGGCAACAUAAUAAGAAGAUCCCCUCAUCAUGCGCUGCUUCCCGCAUUCCUUUGAGAUACUGUCUUACUCGUGUCAGUCAGCCGUAAGUCAAAAGGGUUGAAUUCGCUGUACUCUUCUAGCUUCCAAAAAGGAUUGUUUCGGCCAAAUCUAUACCUUCUCAGUCUGAAGGAGACCUUAUCCAAGACGAGCAGGUGGCAGCAAAGAGCCAGCCCCAACCUCCCUGGUCACCUGCGUUGGCGGCUGCCAGAGUUCAAGGCCACGCAAUGGAUGGUCGACCGAUAGUGCGGACUUCAGGCAUAUUCGACCAACGCCAGAAACUGGCCAAUCAAGACUGCGCUAGCAACCGCAUCGACAAUCUGGACUGACGAAAGCUGUCCACUUAAUUCCUGAUUUAGAAACGUGUUACUUUACGGGUGGUAAAUGGCCAGAUGCCUCGGCGUGGCGUAGAUGCUGAGGAUCCCCGUCCGUUCCAGCAUCUUCGUGUCCGGGAUCCAGUCUUGCCACCUCAACUUUAGUAUUCGUCGGAGAGAGCUGAGGAGGAUGUAGUUGAGCCUUUGCGCCUGCUUCUUGCGCACCAUCCAAGUCUCCGCUCUAUAUAGCAGCGUCCACCGGAUGAUUGCUCUAUACAUCUUGAGUUUGGUGCCGAGUUGGGGACCGUGACGAUUCCAGACGGUGUAUUGGAAACAGCCGAAGGCUUGGCUGGCCUGAGAAAUCCGGUGGUCACUUCAUCGUAGAUUUUGGUUCUGCGAGAAUGGGUGCCACCCAGAUAGGUGAAGCUAUCCACAGCAUGCAGUUGGCCGCCAUACAUGUUGACUUGGGGUGCGUUGUAGGCAGCGUCGGAUGGCGGUUAAUGCAUAAACACCGUCUUCUUCUUCUUGUUGAUGAUGAUGAUAAGGCCGAAGUUGUCGCAUGUGACAGCGAAGAGGUCCAUGCUCCCCUUGCAUGUCCUCUUCGGUAGUUGCGUUGAGGGCGCAGUCGUCGGCAAAAAAACGUUCGUGGACGAUAGUCGUGGAUACACGCAACUGAAAGUGCAUCGGCAGCUGAUUAAAGAGUUGACCAUCCGUCCUCUAGGCGAUGCGGAUACUGGAGUGCUUGUCACGUUAGGGUGGGCGCGAGGACGCAGUCCUGUGCCAUUCCGUUGGUCACUGCGAAUGCCUCUGAGACAACUUGAAUCACCGCGAAACCUACGCUAACCGCCCUACCGACGCGAACGAAGCAGCCUUCAGCCGAAGCCGUUGCCUGCGCAGCAACGGUUACGAGAAGUACAGGAUGUUUGGAUAGCUCGCAAGGCCGAGGUGACCCAAGGGUACGCGGACCGCAACGAAUGGAAGAACUUCUUCGCUGCGGUCACGGCUGUCUACGGUCCAACAGCCAAAGGAACCGCUACUCUUAUCAACGCCGUCAAAACCACCUCACUCUCUGAGAAGACGAAAAUCAUAAAGCGUUGGUCCGAGCAUUUCAGAGGCGUCCUCAACCGUCCCUCUACCACCUCCGACGCCGCCAUCGCUUUUCUGUCUCAAUUAGAGACCAGCGCCGACCUCAACCUCACACCCUCUCUUCAGAAAAACAUCAGGGCCGUGCAGUAA